CUGACGUCAUUCUGUGGGGCCCUGCACAUCAGCCUGGUGACCCCCAGCUUCCCCACUGAAGGAGAGGGUCAGUUCACACUGCAGCUUCGGCCUUCCAUUAGAGGAGCUCUGCUGUCACUGUUGGACCACUACGACUGGAACCGGUUUGUCUUCCUCUACGAUACUGACCGAGGUUAUGCAAUACUUCAGGCAAUCAUGGAGAGAGCGGGGCAGAAUGCAUGGCAGGUCAGUGCAAUCUGUGUGGAGAGUUUCAAUGACGCAGCAUAUCGAAGACUUUUAGAGGACCUGGAUCGACGGCAGGAGAGAAAAUAUGUCAUUGACUUGGAGCCCGAGAGACUGCAGAACAUCCUAGAACAGGCUGUCAGUGUGGGGAAACAUGUGAAAGGUUACCAUUACAUCAUGGCAAACCUGGGUUUUAAGGACAUAUCUCUGGAGAGGUUCAUGCAUGGUGGGGCCAAUGUGACUGGGUUCCAGCUGGUAGACUUCAGCAAAGCUAUUGUCAUAAAGCUGAUGCAGCGUUGGAAUAAGCUAGACCAACGAGAGUACCCUGGAUCUGAAAGCCCACCAAAGUACACCUCAUCUCUAACUUAUGAUGGUGUCCUUGUGAUGGCUGAGGCUUUCCGCACCCUUCGUCGUCAAAAAAUUGACAUCAGUCGUCGUGGCAACGCCGGUGACUGCCUUGCCAAUCCAGCUGCUCCCUGGAACCAAGGAAUUGAUAUGGAGCGUGCACUCAAGCAGGUGCGCAUCCAGGGCCUGACUGGAAAUAUCCAGUUUGAUCACUACGGUCGAAGAAUCAAUUAUACCAUGGAUGUGUUUGAACUAAAGAGCAAUGGACCACGCAAGAUUGGCUACUGGAAUGACAUAGACAAACUUGUGUUGGUCCAGAACGAAAAUGGUCUUAACAACGACAGCUCAGCCAUGGAGAAUCGGACCGUUGUCGUAACGACAAUCAUGGAGGGUCCAUAUGUGAUGCUGAAGAAGAACUGGGAGUUUUAUGAAGGCAAUGACCAAUAUGAGGGAUACUGUGUGGACUUGGCCUCAGAGAUUGCCAAACAUAUCGGAAUCAAGUACAAGAUCUCCAUCGUACCAGAUGGGAAAUAUGGAGCCAGAGACCCUGAGACAAAGAUAUGGAAUGGCAUGGUUGGCGAACUUGUAUAUGGGAAAGCAGAAAUCGCUGUGGCCCCCCUGACCAUCACUCUGGUCAGAGAGGAAGUAAUCGACUUCUCAAAGCCCUUUAUGUCUCUGGGAAUCUCCAUCAUGAUCAAGAAGCCCCAGAAGUCUAAACCAGGCGUCUUCUCCUUCUUGGACCCACUGGCCUAUGAGAUCUGGAUGUGCAUAGUGUUUGCUUACAUUGGAGUCAGUGUUGUCCUUUUUUUGGUUAGCCGCUUCAGUCCAUAUGAGUGGCACGCAGAGGAACCAGAGGAGGGGGCCACAGAGCAGGGCCCUACUGACCAACCUCCCAAUGAGUUUGGCAUCUUCAACUCCCUUUGGUUUUCCCUUGGAGCCUUCAUGCAGCAGGGCUGUGACAUCUCACCACGGUCCCUGUCUGGACGCAUUGUUGGAGGUGUGUGGUGGUUCUUCACUCUCAUCAUCAUCUCCUCCUACACAGCCAACCUGGCUGCAUUCCUCACGGUGGAGAGGAUGGUCUCACCUAUAGAGAGCGCAGAGGACUUGGCCAAGCAGACAGAGAUAGCCUAUGGUACGCUGGACUCUGGCUCUACAAAGGAGUUCUUCAGGAGGUCCAAGAUAGCCGUAUAUGAGAAGAUGUGGUCUUAUAUGAAGUCUGCUGAGCCAACUGUCUUCACCAAAACUACGGCAGAGGGUGUAGCCAGAGUCCGCAAGUCCAAGGGGAAGUACGCCUUCCUCUUGGAGUCCACCAUGAAUGAAUACACGGAGCAACGCAAGCCUUGUGAUACGAUGAAAGUGGGAGGGAACCUGGACUCCAAAGGAUAUGGCAUUGCUACACCGAAAGGCUCACAGUUAAGAAAUGCGGUCAACCUGGCCGUGCUAAAACUCAACGAGCAGGGCCUGUUGGACAAAUUGAAAAACAAGUGGUGGUAUGACAAAGGAGAAUGUGGCAGCGGGGGAGGGGAUUCCAAGGAUCAGCUGGGGCAGUAUGGAACCCCAGUAAACCUUGCAGUUUUGAAACUGAGCGAAGCAGGCGUCUUAGACAAACUGAAAAACAAAUGGUGGUAUGACAAGGGAGAGUGUGGACCCAAGGACUCUGGAAGUAAGGACAAGUCGUCCCAGGCCCUGAGCCUGUCCAACGUGGCUGGGGUCUUCUACAUCCUUGUGGGCGGCCUGGGCCUGGCCAUGCUAGUGGCCUUGGUCGAGUUCUGCUACAAGUCACGAGCUGAAGCCAAGCGCAUGAAGGUGGACCUUAGCCCCCCCCACUGCCCCAGCCCCUCCCCCAGCACCCAGAAUCUAGCCACUUAUAGGGAGGGGUACAACGUGUACGGCUCCGAGGGGCUGUCGUUUUCUGAAGCCAUGCGGAAUAAGGCCCGUCUGUCCAUCACAGGAAGUGUGGGGGAGAAUGGCCGCGUCCUGACGCCAGACUGUCCCAAAGCCGUGCAUGCUGGCCACACCUCCCUUCGACACCCCGGCCUUGCAGUGGUCUCUUCUGGACUGCCCUGA